UAAAAUUAGGCAAUAAAUAGCUCUGGUAUUGCCAAAACUGCACUGCCUCCUGUCUAUAGUCACGAUGCGAAAGUCUCUUCUUUGCUUGCUCAUAGCUGCGGUUUACACCGCUUCGGCGGUGCCUGCCCCAGAAUUGCCUGAGCUGGUCAACUCUGAGGAGCGUACAUACCCUCGAUACAUCGAGUUUCCCGAUGGCGACGGAAAUAUGCACACCGUAGACCUCGAAGCUGAACCUGACAUGGAACUUCUGGCUGAGAUUGAGAGAAACCCUGACAACAACCAGUACCUGCUGUAUACUAGACGCAACCGAAUUAUAUCGCAGUCUUUGGUGAUCAACAACGCUAACUCUAUCACUAGAUCUAACUUUAACGCCAAUAACCCCACCGUCGUUGUUGUUCAUGGUUGGCUCAGCAACCAAUACACUAACAUUAACCCAACCAUCAGGGAUGCGUACUUGGGAAAGAGUGACACAAAUGUCAUCGUGAUGGACUGGAGAAGGUUGGCGUUAGCUGACUACGCCACAGCAGUCAGAGGUGUGCCAGCCGUCGGCCGUGGUCUUGGACAGUUCCUGAUUUUCCUUAACCAGGUGACCGGACAACCUUUCAGCCAAAUGCACCUUGUUGGAUUCAGCUUGGGUGCCCAUGUUGUUGGUAACGCUGGCAGAGAACUCGGAGGAAGAGCUGCUCGAGUAACAGCUUUGGACCCUGCUGGUCCCCUAUGGAACUACAAUUCCAACCGUGUUAAUCCCAAUGACGGUGUCUAUGUCGAGGCGAUCCACACUGAUGGUGGUUCCGUCGGAGGUCUUGGUAUUGGCUCCAACGUUGCCAACGCUGACUUCUACCCCAACGGUGGUAACUCCCAGCCUGGGUGCUACACUAACCUCUGCAAUCACAACCGUGCCUGGGAACUCUUUGCCGCUACUGUCACUUACAACCAUUUAGUUGGACGUCUGUGCACCACCCAGAGUCAGUUAACAUGGAACACAUGCCGUGGUGCUGAACUUCGGAUGGGCAACGAUAUUCUAACCAAAUCUGGAUCCGGAAUGUACCGCCUGGACACCGCUAGGAGGUACCCUUAUUAAUUUGAUGUAACUUUUGUUUGCAAAUUUGGAAAAAAUAAAUAAAGUAUUGGCAUGGAAUGUCUGGCAUAUUUUCAUUUUUUCUUUGUGUCCUAGUUAUUACACUUUUAUUUUUAGAAUGCUUUCACAUUGGUCCUGCAAAUAAAUUUCUAUUAGG